ACCUCCUUUAUGUGGUUAGGGUCCAAGAAUUACUUUUACUUAAGAGUAUUGAAUUUUAUUUUUUUUUGGCUGUUGGUAGUUUGAAAAUAGGGGUUUCGGUUAUUGUGGGUGUUGAUGGUGAUGGGAGCUAAAGGGGUUGCCGAAUGGAAUUGCUUAGAAGCUUUUGGUGUUGAUGGUCGUAGUAAGGGAGUCUGGGCAGUAGAGGCGGGCGGUGAUGAUGACAGUUUAGGUGGUGGUAAUGUUUGGUUGUAGAUGGUCGGUUCAGAAGAGAGAGAAUCUUGUAAUACUAUGUUAGGGUAAUGAAAGCAAUGGUGAGGGGUAAUGAUCUCUCCUAGGUAUUGGGUUUUAUUAUUAUUUUUUUCAAGAGGGCUGGACGAUGGUGAAUGAUGGGGAAAAUGGGUGAUUACUUAAUGGGAGGGAAGCGACAAUGGUGGCAACCAUUUCGAUCAAUUCAAACAAAAUCAGGUCUCUAAAAAUUAUAAAACACACAUUCUUCUAAAUUUUAGCAAUAAAUUGACUCCUCCCUGCACUGCUCACAACCUAUUUAGCCGAAGACUUCAAAGGCACACCAACCGAAACUCGCUAACCUAAACCUUCUUAUCUAUUGUUUUUUUAACUCUUAACAACAUACAUUUCCACUAUAAUCCAAAACACACAUUCUUCUUCUCAAUUUUAGAAAGAAACCGACCCUCCCUGAACUUCCCACCACAUGCUCGACCAAAAUACUCAAAGAAUCGCACCAACUCUCCACUGGCUGCACCAGCCUCCGUCCGGUCCUAUGAUGAGGUAUUUGAUUGGUUGUUGAUUUCAAUCAUGCACUAGUUAUUUGAGGGAGGAUAUUGGCAACUCUCAACAUGAUCAUCUAGUGCAGGUGCAAUUCCUCCAACCAUCAAGCAGUUGACUCGUCUGACAUUACUUGAUUUUUCAUCAAAUAAUUUCACAGGACGGCUUCCAACCCUGCCACCUUCAUUACUUUGGUUCGGGGUAGCAGAGAAUAACAUAGUUGGAGAAAUCCCUGCCUCAAUUUGCAAUUUGAGCUCGCUGGAAGAACUCGACCUGUCUAAGAAUAAUUUUGGUGGAAUUAUUCCUGAAUGUCUUGGAAAUUUAAGUCAUUCUAUGUCAGUCUUGAAUCUAUAUAUGAAUAACUUUCAUGGUGAAGUACCAGCGGAAAUGUUUCGUAAAAGUUGUUCGUUGCAAAGUUUCCGUAUCGACAGCAACCAAGUUGAGGGGCCAAUACCACAAUCUUUGGUUAAUUGCUUGGACUUGGAAAUUCUUGAUCUCGGGAACAAUAACUUCAUUGACACCUUUCCUAGUUGGUUAGGAAAAUUGAAGAAUCUACAAGUUCUUGUCUUGCGGUCCAAUAGAUUGUAUGGUCAUAUUGUCAAUCCUGAAGUAGUUGCAUCUUCUUUCUCUAAUUUGCGGAUCAUUGACCUCUCUCAGAAUGACUUCCAUGGGAGCUUGCCAACCAAGAUUUUUGAAAAUUUGUAUGCUAUGAUCAACGGGUCUGAAAAGAAAGGUGAAUACAUGGGAUAUCAGUAUUCUGGAAAUAAUUAUAUGUAUUAUGGUUUAUUACUUACAAUAAAAGGGUUGGAGAGGCAGUUCAUGAGAAUUUUAACCAUUUUAAUGGUUAUUGAUUUUUCAAAUAAUCGAUUCAAUGGGCAGAUUCCUGACAUACUUGGACAACUUCAUUCACUUGUUGUCCUAAACCUCUCUCACAAUAGUUUAACAGGUCCUAUCCCAUCCUCCUUUGGCAAUUUGUCAAUGCUUGAGUCAUUAGAUCUCUCAUCAAACAAGCUUCAAGGAAGAAUUCCCCAAGUGUUUAAAAAUCUUGGAUUCUUAGCGGUGUUAAACCUUUCUCAAAAUAAUCUUACGGGACCCAUUCCUAGUGGCAAACAAUUUGAUACUUUCACAAAUGAUUCGUACAGUGGGAACUUGGGUUUAUGUGGAUUCCCUUUAUCAAAAAGCUGUGGUAAUAAUGAUCAGAAACAGCCUCCAACAAAAACUGAUGCAGAUGAUGAUGCACUGAAUUGGAAAUUUUCUAUUCUGAUGGGGUAUGGAUGUGGGCUGGUGUUUGGAUUGAGCACAGGAUACAUUGUAUUCACAACUGGAAAACCAUGGUGGGUCAUUAAGAUCAUUGAGAGAGGUCAACAAAAAUAUUUUGGAAGGAAAAUCCGGAGAGUUGGAGGAAGAAAAUAAUACAGCUGAUUAAUGCUCUUAGUCGAAGAUUUGUUGGGUGCUUUGCAGUAAGUAUACUCCAAAGGGAGAUUAAUCUCUUCCACAAACAGAGUUUUUCAAGCCUGGUUUGUUGUCAUCCCCAAUUUCAGUUGUAUUAGUCCUAUCAUAUUUAUGAGAUUUUCGGUUAUGGUAUGUAUUUUUUUAAUUCAAUAUCUUGAACUAUGCAUCCUGUGUCUCCAUAAAUUCUCCAAUGCUUUUCUCAAACACAAUGUUAGCUUCAAUAUUAAUGCUCAAAUUUAGGAUCUGUAACACAAGCCUUGGUCUGAUGAAUAACUUGAGCAGGUAACAAGGCAAAGAUGAACCUCAUCUAUGAUAAUUUUAUUAAAGUGUCUCAUGUAUGGUGUUCUUCCGAAUAGAAACAGGAUCUAGAUUCACAUUGAAGCACCCCAAAAGAACCCUGAAGAUAUCAAUAUGAUAAUUCCCCCUUUUUUUCAGACUAAUUCACAUAGACAUAGACUGCAGGUAAUUAUUGCAUUAUACUUUACACAUGUUGAAUAUUUGACAGAUGCUUAGUUCAUUAAUUGUCAAAAUACAAUAAAUUUAUUAGCAGAAUCGGUGGAUAACCGAUGGUUAUACAAAACUGCCUCUAGCAUUUUGUUUUGACAUGAAUGGAAGAUGUGCAUGGUUUUUGUCUUUCUUGAAAUAUAAGAAUAUCAAGUUAAUUGGCUAAACCAGCAUGUUUCAACACUGAGUAAUAGAUUUUGUAGCUCCUACAGAAAAUGUUAGGUCUUGUACUCCUUGCUAGGCAUGUUUACCACUUGCAGACUUGCGGUGCAUCAUUGGCAAACUUGGCUUUCAAUUUACCUGUAGUGGUCCUGUACAUCAUUGAACUAUGAAAAAGGCAUUAUUGCAGCGAGUGGGAAAAAAUGAACUUUAGCUGUUAGCACCUGAAAAGUAGAAGGAAAUUGUUUAAUUUUGACCUUUCGAAUCAAAAAGGUAGACAAUGAAAGGGAACAGGGGAAUAAUCUGUUUUUUCCCAAGUGUUUGUGGUGAUAAGUGCAAGGACAUUGCAUGAAGUUAUUUAGAAACACAAGCUGACAGUGUAGUUAAUUUGUACUUAACCCAAUUUUCAUUAAUCUGUGACAGGAAUCCUAGCAGAAAACACCAAAAUAUUCCUUGAUCCGUUCCAAGUAGUCUUGGCAAGUUGUGUUUUAGU